AUGGCUCUGAAGCGCAUUAACAAGGAGCUCACUGAUCUCGGCCGAGAUCCACCCUCUUCUUGCUCUGCCGGCCCUGUCGGCGAGGAUUUGUUCCACUGGCAAGCUACGAUUAUGGGUCCUAGUGACUCUCCAUACUCCGGCGGUGUCUUCUUCCUGGCCAUUCACUUCCCUACCGACUACCCUUUCAAGCCUCCCAAGGUCAACUUCACUACCCGCAUCUACCAUCCUAACAUCAACUCUAAUGGUAGCAUCUGCUUGGAUAUUCUGCGUGACCAGUGGAGCCCUGCGUUGACCAUCUCUAAAGUCCUUCUGUCCAUCUGCUCGAUGCUGACAGACCCCAACCCUGACGAUCCUCUUGUGCCCGAGAUCGCCCAUGUCUACAAGACUGACCGACCCCGAUACGAGGCCACAGCUCGGGAGUGGACUCGAAAGUAUGCAAUCUAA